AUUGUGUAUGUGAAGAGAUCUGUGCUGAUCCUGAGUUAAGAGAGGUGCAUAGGGGAACAUUUCUGUCUCUUGCUCAGUAACUUGUAGUCUAGGAUGGCUAUCACUGGGGGAAUGCAAAGCUCUGACAUGGUGCUGCUGCUUUGGAUAACUGUAAUUUGUGCUUGCUGUUCUUUUGUGGAUUCAUCAAGAAGCCAUCGGCAGCUCAUAACAUCUCCAAGUACAACUGGAGUAUGCCGAUAUGGUAUCAAAGCUGAAUGCUGCUAUGGCUGGAAGAGAAACCGCAAAGGACAAUGUGAAGCUGUAUGUGAGCAGGGCUGCAAGCACGGAGAAUGCGUGGGACCUAAUAAAUGCAAAUGCUUUCCUGGAUUUACUGGAAAAAAUUGCAAUCAAGAUCUGAAUGAAUGUGGUCUGAAACCACGGCCAUGUGAACACAGAUGUAUGAACACUCAUGGCAGCUACAAGUGCUACUGCCUCAAUGGAUACAUGCUCAUGCCAGAUGGAUCGUGUUCAAACUCAAGAACUUGUGCCAUGGCAAACUGCCAGUAUGGCUGUGAACAAGUCAAAGGGGAUAUCCGGUGCUUGUGCCCCUCAGGUGGACUGCAGCUGGGACCAGAUGGAAGAACUUGUAUAGAUAUCGAUGAAUGUGCUGUUGGCAAAGCUUCCUGUCCUAUCAAUCGCAGAUGUGUAAAUACAUUUGGAAGUUACUACUGCAAGUGCCAGAUUGGUUAUGAAUUAAAAUAUGUGAAUGGCAGAUAUGACUGUAUUGAUAUAAAUGAAUGUUUGCUGAAUACUCAUAAGUGCAGUAUUAACGCUGACUGUCUCAAUACUCAAGGAUCAUUUAAAUGUAGAUGCAAACAAGGAUUCAAGGGCAAUGGACAGGAAUGCUCUGCUGUUUUUAACAAGCCAGUAAAGGAAAGUCCUAAAUUCGGUGGAAGUGUCAAAGAUGCUAUCAAGAAGCUCCUUGCACAUAAAAACAGCCUGAACAGAUAUAACGAUAUAAAGAAUGUGAUACCCGAGACAUUUAUUACACCACCACCUAAAAACCGCUUGCAGCCUUUUGACUAUGAGGAUGGAGUUUACAUUGGUGGCAAUGACAAUGAUGAAGAAGAGGUAGAAGAGGAAGAAGAAGAAGAACUGGACGAAGAGGAUGAAGAAAAUGUGAUAGAAGAAGAAAAACUACUACGCGGUGAUGUGUUUGCCCGCCAGGUUAAAAGAGCAGCUGUUUUGAGUUCACAACCAAUAAGCAAUACAGAUCCAGUUCUGAAAUCAGAUGAGGUGUUAGUUGAUUGCAGAUUUGAUCAAGGAACAUGUGAGUGGAAACAGGACAGCAAAGAUGAUUUUGAUUGGAAACAUGCAGAACGUCACAAUGGUAAUGGAUAUUACAUGUCAGUUCCGGCAUCUACCAGUCAAAAGAAAGGCAUUGGUCGUCUAAAACUUAAACUCACAAAAAUCUACUACAAAUAUUGCUUGAUGUUUAUCUACCGCCUAGUGGGAGAAAGAGUGGGGAAACUACGGGUCUAUAUUGAUGAAAACAUCAAUCCUAUAUGGGAAGAAACCAAAAACAGGGAUGAAGGAUGGAGGACUGCAAAAAUUGAGAUACAAGAGUCAAGUACCAGAAAAAGUAGCAGUAUUACUUUCGAAGCUGUGCGUGGAAAGGACGAAGCUGGAAUAAUGGCCCUUGACAAUGUUUUCCUUUCAUCUGGUCCAUGCUCUGAUGAUUGACUGCUCGCCAUACUACAAUUUACAUAUGAUAAAAAAUCGCAGUUGACAAAGAAAAACUAAAAAAUGCUUUACUUUUCUUUCAUAUUUACACAGACUGUUUGUGAAAUGUGCCUUUUGAAAAUAGUAUGAAUAUUUUAUUACUUAAAAUAUUAUGUCUGGAUACCAUUUGAGAUUAGCCAUGAAUAUUUAUAUUGUUGCCAGGGUUGUAAAACAGCUUAAAAAAAAAGGUUGCUGAGCAAAAUGUACAAAAAUACUGAAAUGUCUCCUGGUUUCCUUUGUGCUAUUACUGUUAUUGUCAUUAUGAUAUGUAUUGUCAAAAUAAUCACACAUUGGGUGACAUAAAAACACAACUAUAUGGAAGUUCAAGAAGCAACUUAGGACACAAUUGAAUUGGCAUUAAUUUGCACAAACGACUGCGCCUUUUCUCCUGAAACUUUAACUGUGGUUUUUAAUGAGCCAUUAAGUCCUUCUUUCCACUCAUACAUCUGAUGUUGCAAACGUUUUAUUAUUAUCAAUGCAACACCUUUACUACUAGGGUGGUCUCCAACAUCAUCUCCGUGAAUGAGAGUGGAACUCAUAGUUCAUCAGCUGAUUGGAGUCUCACUGCUGUGGUACAGUCUGUAGAUCUGAAGCUUCAUGAACUCAACUUUCAUAAAGCGUCCUGUGUGAAGGAUAUUUAGUUGGAUCUAAAUAAGGAUGCUCACAGAGCACAGCUAUGCCUCUUCUGCUACCUUUAGUCUUUCUCUUUGUGGUUUCUUAAAAUCAGCAACACAAUUACCAGGCACUGGAGCUUCUUAAAAGGUUGUAUACUUGUAUACAUUUAAGAAGGUCUAGUGUCCUGGAGAAUUGUGUUGCUGCAUACAGAUUCAUGAGGUGCAGUUUCUAUAAUUCCAGAGAGCACAGAGAAUGUUGAAAUGAAUGGGUAUGAGUGCAGGUAAAAACUUGAACUGGCAGCUACCAAUAAAUUUAUAUCCUUAGAUUCCAAUGAAUUUAUAUCAGUAGCAGUGAUCUUUUCAUGAGCUAAUGAGUAAGAUGUCGCUACAGCUUGUACAUGAGCAUCUGAAUUUUUCACAGAGCAGUUCAAAACCCUCCAUAAGGUUAUUGGUUUAUUAUAUUUACUUUAUUACAGUGUACAGUAUAUAUAUGUCUAUCUCUGUCUAUAGAGUGCUAUGACAAGUACAGGGGUGCCUUACCCUCAUCCUCACUAUGCACCAAAUCUGACAUGAGGAAAAUACAUUCCCCUGCUGCAAGUGCUUUGAGAAUGAGCAGUUAAAGGUGAGAGUUUGCCCUCUUAGUGUUGCUGCACUUAUGGCAGGGGCAUAAGUAAAUGACCAAAUUGAAGUGAAUCAUAUUUUGGUUGACAGAUGCCUUCCAUUAAAUUGUGUCUUGCUUACAAACACAUAUGUAGUAAUUAAUACGUGUUUUUAAUUAACUAAAUACAAUACAAGUUAUUUAAAUAUACUUGAUUUAUUUUAACUGGAUAUUUGGUGCUAUAUGGCCUGGCCAGUGUGCAAUAGGCUUUUUUAAUAAAAAAUAUUUCUUCCAA